AUGGAACACGACGGAUUCUACUAUAAAAUCAAUAAAACCAUUGGUGGUAAACGUUACUAUGUCUGUGCAACACCUAAUGUAUACUGUAAAGGGACACUAAUCCAACUGGAAAACGGCACCAUCAUACCAAAUAAAGAUCACACGCAUUUAGCUUAUGGUCCAACAUUUAAUAAGCAACAACUUAUAAAACGUUUAAGGACAACUUUAAUUGAAAGGUCAAAGACAGAGACUAAAGCUCUAAAAGUUAUAUACGAUGAGGAAUCAGUUAGAAACCAGGAAGCUGCUUUAAAUUAUAGUUGGCCACAGCAGAGUCUUAUAUGCGGCAGGCCAGAAGAAGUGUUUGUCCAGCAUUACCAUCCACACUACGGGAGUUGGGCGAAUAUUUAG